AUGGCAGAAACUCGGCGCCUCAACUUUGCAAAUGCAGUGCAAAACUGUCUCACCUCGGGCGAGUACUCAGAUCUCAUCAUCAAGUGCGGAGACGAUGUCUAUAAAGUUCACAAAGUGAUCGUGUGCACACAAGCGGGAUUCUUCGCUCGGGCUAUCAAAUUCGGUGGCAAGGAAACUCAAGAAAACGUCAUCGAUCUCCCUGACGACGAACCCAAAGUGAUUGUCGCUCUCGUACACUACCUGUACUUGGGCACUUACGAUGGAGAGUUCUCUGGCACCCCACCCGAGCCGGAGCAGCCUCUUGUCAUCAAUCUCGGAGCUCGCGGAUCCUCGUCCCAACUUCUCAAUCACUCGAAGAUGUACGCGAUCGCCGACAAGUACGAUGUCACUGGACUCAGAGAGCUGGCAAGCAAGAACUUCACGCUAGCUUGCAAGAUAUUCUGGGAUGAUGCGGCUUUCGCUACCGCAGUCGACCAUGUUUUUUCUUCGACCCUUCCCACGGACACCGGCUUACGGUCUAUAAUCAUCGAGACCAUCUCCAACAAUAUGACUCUUGUGCACAAAGAGGAGAUACAGGCAAUGGUGGGAAAGCACAGCGACCUGGCUGUGGGUGUAUUGCUGAAGAAAGCGAGCUAG